AUGGCGGAAAACAAGCCGAAGAACGUUCCAUCGGAGUUCAAAAUCAGCGAGAAAUGGGACGUGUGCUUGGAGCGGACCGUCAUCAACUUCGGCGCGGGAGUGGUUGCAGCAGGACUUGCCGGCGUGGUACUUACACGUUCGCCGGGCAUGCGACGGGCGGUCAUGGGAUUCGGCGCAGGGUGCGGCGUGGGGUCUAGCUGGGUUAUUUGCAGCCAGGACUUCGCCAAGAAGUAACCGGAACCGGUCUGCCCCCAGUCGGAUCUGACCGUAGAAAGCCAAGUGUGUGUGUGCGGUCUUCAUCGAUUGGCCGAGCGUGCCACGUCACGAGGUUUGAUGUAGUGUCCGUGCGACCUUUGGAGCUGCUCGGAAAUGUUCACCCUUGAAACGUGCAUCAAGCCACCCCCCACGUCUGCGAUUAGUGUGGAGUCAGCGGGGAAGGUCCGAACUUAUUUUUGGUGCAUGCGGCUCGGAGAAUCUCAUUGUUGCGAGGGCAUUUUGCCGUUGCUCGGCGUGUCAAUCGGAUCGUUUCUUUGUAAAAAUAAAUUAAACAAAUACACAUGCUGCGGCAUCAACAUCUGU